AGGAGGAGGAGGAGGAGGAGGAGGAGAGGAGGGAGUGAAGCAAAGCAAAGCAAAGCUAGGAACAACAAGGAGAGACUCGGGGAGGGAUUAUAUACUUCUCUCCGUUUAUCUACAUGCGAACAAAAGUGUCCAAACUGUUUCCUCUGUCCUCUGUUGAGCUCAGCAGUGUGUCAGCUCCAUGAAGGCCUGCCUGACUAAGUUACUGUUAGCAGUCUGACGUUAGCUCCUGCUGCUAACUGAGCUAACUGCUAACUGCUCACUUCAACCAACUUGUCAACAGCCGAUCGAUCCUGGACGGGACUCUGCUUUAACGCUGUUAUUUCAGCCUUGUUGGCGGCUUCUAGUGCCGUACACAUCUCGUGAACCAGCAGCAGUAUUGUGGAGAGUGGAACUAUGAUGGCAACGUGACAGGAGGGGAGCCGCUGAGUCAGCUUAAACAGCAACCAUGGAAGGUACAGAGCAGCGCGACAGGGUGAACGGCCACUGCAAGCCCAAAUCCCCCCGGGACGCGGCUGAUGUCAGGUGGACGCCACCCGAGGGAGAGUCAGACAGCUGUGGGGGGACGAGUGUGUCGGAACAGACAGACCUGCAAGAGUUAAAGGCUCAGGGAAGUGAGGAUGAGGAGGACAAAGAGGAGGUAGUUCCUCCCUCUAAAGUCCUGAAAGGGGACCAGAAGAAAAAAGAGAGUCUGGACAAGGACGAAGAGGAAAACAAUCACAGCAAGAAGAACAGCAGUGCAGCAUCCAGCUACACAGACCUGUCCCAUACCUCGUCGCCCUCGCUGUCAGAACAGCUGCGUCUUGGCCAAGAAGACAGCACAGGGGCUGGAAUCAGCGUGGAGUGUAAGGUCUGCGGGGACAAGGCCUCUGGCUUUCACUAUGGCGUGCAUGCCUGUGAGGGUUGCAAGGGCUUUUUCCGGAGAACUGUGAGGAUGAAACUGGAAUAUGAUCGCUGCGAGCGUUCCUGCAAGAUUCAGAAGAAGAAUCGUAACAAGUGCCAAUAUUGUCGCUUCCAGAAGUGCCUGUCUUUGGGAAUGUCCCAUGAUGCGAUCCGAUAUGGACGUAUGCCUGAGGCGGAGAGGAAGAAGCUGGUGGCAGGCCUGCUUGCAGAGGAAGUGAACCUCAGCAAACCAGGUGGCUCAGACCUGAAGACCUUGGCCAAACAAGUCAACGCAGCCUACCAGAAGAACCUCGUUAUGACCAAGAAGAGGGCCCGCAGCAUCCUGUCGGGCAAAACCAGCAGCACAUCGCCGUUUGUGAUCUAUGAUAUGGACACGCUCUGGAAGGCAGAGAGUGGUUUGGUAUGGAGCCAGUUAGUUCCAGGUGCACCCCUGACCAAGGAGAUUGGGGUCCAUGUGUUCUACCGCUGCCAAUGCACCACAGUGGAGACUGUGCGAGAGCUCACCGAGUUUGCAAAGAGCAUUCCAGGGUUUGUGGACCUCUACCUUAAUGACCAGGUGACUUUGCUGAAGUACGGUGUGCACGAGGCUAUUUUUGCCAUGCUGCCGUCGCUCAUGAACAAAGACGGACUGUUGGUGGCCAAUGGUAAAGGCUUUGUGACCAGGGAGUUCCUGCGCAGCUUAAGAAAACCCUUCAGUGAGAUCAUGGAGCCCAAGUUUGAGUUUGCUGUCAAGUUUAAUGCUCUGGAGCUGGAUGACAGCGACCUGGCCCUGUUUGUUGCUGCCAUUAUUCUCUGUGGAGAUCGCCCCGGGCUAAUGAACGUGAAACAGGUGGAGCAGAGUCAGGACAACAUCCUCCAGGCCCUGGACCUCCACCUACAAGCAAACCACUCUGACUCAGCCUACCUCUUCCCCAAGCUGCUGCAGAAGAUGGCCGACCUGCGUCAGCUAGUUACCGAGAACGUUCAGCUUGUCCAAAAGAUCAAAAAGACUGAGGCGGAGACCUCGCUCCACCCUCUACUACAAGAGAUCUACAAAGACAUGUAUUAGUAUUCUCCAGCACGGACUGCUUUUAGCAAUACUGUUACAGACUGAAUUUACAUUCAUGAUACUACACUGCAUUCAGUACAAGCACUGUUCCACGUACGGGCAUGGAUUUGGACAUGAGGCAAAGUCACGUGGUAGGGCUAACACAAUCAGCAAAGUCUUCUCAAUGUCAGCAUUACCCUCAGCACAGUAAUGUGUGUGUAUGUGUGUGUGUGUGUGUGUGUGUGUGUGUGUGUGUGUGUGUGUGUGUAUGUGUGAGUGAUGAGCAUCUGGAAUCAUUUGCUGCGAGUCCUAGUUUCCCACAACGGUCACUUAACAGAGAGAAUGAUUUGUUUUCUCACCGAGGCUGCUCCUGUUACAUUCAAAUAGCAAAGCUGACCCCAGAUCAGCGUCUAGAGAAAGCUUCUCCUCACUCACUCACCUAAGCUCUGUUUGUCUGUGAAGGGAAAGCAUUUCAUGUUCUUACACCAAUGGCAUAGUUGAAAUAGAAAAGAGUCGAAAAGUUUCUACUGUGCAAGAGUCUCUUAUGAUGCCAAAUGUCUUUGGUAGAGUGAUUGUUCUCAGACUUUUGGUAGAGCUGAAGAUGCACAAGUUGUUUUUUGUUUACAUCAUCAUCAUCAUCAUCAUCAUCAUCAAUGAAAGCUACUUUGCCAUUUGGUUAAUAGAACACAAACUGGGCUGGCUCCAGCAGUGUAGAGCUCUUUCAAAGCAGCUGUCUGUGCAAUACCAUUUUUCAAUAAAUGUGGAGAUCCAAGUUAAACAGGUUUUGUCUUAAAGCCAUCUACCCAAGUGGUAACUAAUGGACUAUGCUGCACAGAUUUUUGUCUCUAAACUGACACUAUAAACACAUUACCCAUUGAAGUACAAGGGACCGCAUGUUUUUUUUUGUUUUUUGUUUUUUUUGGACAUGCAAAUGAUCAUGAAUUUAGCAUUCUUAGUUUAUUCUCUGUAAUUAUGUUACUAAUUAUUUGUAAUUGUUGAUCAUAUUUGUAAGGGUAAAACAUGAAUCAUCAUCUUGUUUUAUGUAUUAAGUAUAUGUGUUCUUUCAUAUUACAUGCCUGCCUAUUUAGUUUAGGUUGUACCAAAUAUAUCAUACCAACAAAACGUUUCCUUUAUGAGGAAUUUGGAUUUCACGCCAUCGCAGGAUUUAACCUAAAACCAGCAUACUGAACCACAAUGUCAUUAUUGGGGAUCUGGUAUCAUGAGUUGUUUCUGUAUUCACACAAGAUAUAACCACAGUCCUAGAUUACCACCCUUUUUGUGUGUACAGUCUGAUUUGUUUUGUUAGGAGAGCCACAAAGUGUAACAGCCUUACAAUACUGUAGCCAGGAUCCAUACGUUUCCAACUGUUUUUCUUCCCCUCAAACUCUGUAGGACUCCUUUUUUUUUUCCACUGUACUUGCUCUGAAUGGACUUCAGUAUGUCAACACUGGUGCACACAGUCCACCUUCAGCAAUCUCCUCUUGUGCUCUUAAUCUGUCUUGAUCCCUAUCUACCUCUAAUGUAUGAUCUGUGACAUUAUUCCACUGUCUCAUCUCAUCUCUGACAUUUUAUUUGCCUUAAUUCCUGCUAUUGCAAAUUUGAUAUUAUUGGCUGAUGUGUGUGGGUGUGCCAACAUAGCAAAGGGUGUGGAUGGAUAGAUAAAACGAUAAAAGUACACCAAAAAAUUGAUGUAAGCUACCUCUAUGCCUGUCUUAACUGAUGGAUUGACAUUAUUUGUUCACAAAAAAAAAAACAUGUUAAAACUUGAAAUAAUUUCGUCCUUAUAUAGUCACAUGUAAUCUGCAGAUCUAGUUUAGUUACAUCUCACUUAUAAACUUUAUUAG